AUGGACAUGGACGAGCUUCGACUGGAUGAGCACGUGACGUUGCCCGGGGAUUGGCCCAACCUGCUGCGUGGGGGUCAGAUCUUUACGGCCCUGCUGUUGAGCACCAGCUACUCCGAGAAGUACCGUGGUCGCAAGAUGGUGCCCUGGGGCAGCGCUGCUGCGGCAGAGAAUGCCAGAUCCUUUGACCACAACGCGGAGUUGCAGAUCCCAUCCAGUGACAGGCAUCAAACUCGGCGACCCGCCCUCUUGCACCGGUCAGGCAAUAGAGAGGCUGUUGCCUUCAUCUGGCGUGGUGAUCCCAGGUUUGACGAUUGCACAAUCUACGUUUGCUUCUCUCCUUUGCGGUACAGAACACAAUUCUUGAAGAUUUGGUGUGCUGGCCUUGCAGAGAACGGGAUGAACGUUCGCCGUGCAGCUCAACAAACCACGGACCUGACGCUGGGAACGUGCGAUGAUGUUGGACAUUGUGUGACGCUGCCAGUUUCAACUUAUUUGAAGGUGAAAUUGGACCGAUUGUGGGAUCCUGAAGGGCAACGACUCUAUGAUAAGUUGCUGCAAAGCGUGCGAGAGCUUCCAGGCUAUCGUGUGAUUUUCUCGGGCAUCUCCCAUGGUGCUGCCCUGGCACAAGCAGCCGCCUUGAGAUUUCAGCUACAGCAGCCGGAGACACAGGUCUUCGUUGUGGCAUGGAAUGCUUACAGGUGGACUGACACCAGCGGCCGGAAAUUGGCUGAGGAUUUCCUGGGAAGUCGUCUGCUACACUUUGUCCUUUCAAGGAGGGACAAAGCCCAGCCGCAGGCCACCCGAUACUGGGACAGCGUGACUGGUUUCCCCCAAUCCUUUGCUCCGAUGCACAACCCGGUGCUCCUGGAUGCAGACACAGGCGACUUCUACAAGCAUACUGCUCCUGAACAAGGCUCUCAAUUUGGGGCGACCUUCUUGAUGCAGAUGUUUGAGCUGCACUUUGCCAGGUCUGCUUUGGGCGCCAUGAAAAAAGCCACGGCCACGGCUCGUGGCUUUGAAGAUGAUCUGAGUUGGAAUGAUUAUUUGCGCAGCCGGCGGUUGGAAGUUUUUCAGACAAAACUCAUCAACCAAGCUCAAAAGGUGGCGGCGGCAUCACACAGAGCACAGAAAAUCAUUCGCAGAACAUCGCAUGGCGUGGGAAUGAGGAGGCAAAUCAGCCACGAGGCAGAUUCAACAACUUCUUCCAUGGCGAGUCUGGAGACUCCGUUGCGGCUGCGGAACGAAUUUGGCGGGGCGCCCUUGCCAAGAAUCUCCGACAUUCCAAAUGGAACAGAAACCGACGGCACACGUCCAAGUGGGAAAAGUUGGUUUGGGCGUUUGGCGUGGUGCUGCUCUUGAUGAACCAUGUGGAGCCUGGGAAAUGACAGGAAGGUCAACCCAUGGCAACCAUGGCAACCCCCAUGAUGCAAUUGCACAUACAACAGGUAUCUGGCCAUAUCUGGCCCCUCUAUUUGCCAUGGAUAUCAUUGGUCACGGCUUACGGCCAGUUGAAUUUGUCUCUAAUUCUGAGGAAACACGUUGCAGCCCGCGCGUGUUCACCGACAACGCUGGGAUUUUCGUGAGCCAGAUCGUUGACGGGUUUGAAGGGUGUUCGGGGAAGAAACGUGUCCCUGAACUCCUGUCAGAUUGCUUUCGCUGCGGAGAAAAGAA